UUUACCACUUGUGUAUAUAUCAAUAUAUAUGCUGUUUGUUAUCCAAGAUUUCCACCAAAAAAGUAUUUCUCCGGCAUCUGGGUUGCGUUUUUCUCGAGGAGUCUUUCGCUUAAUAGGAAUUCUCCUUGUGGUAGGAGUAUUUCAUUCAACAAAAGGGUAUUGAACAUUGGAAGCCCAAGAGUAAUUAGUACUAGAUUCAGCUCGGUUUCUCGGUUUUUUCGGUUACUUGUAGUGAUAGGUUCAUUGAUUUCAUUCCUUGUAGCCUUCUUUUGUGGUUACCUGUAUGUACUCCCAAGUCUUAGCCAGGCCUUUCAUGUUCAUGGUAUUGCCAAUUCCACUUUUAAUGAUUCAAUAAGUAGUUGCAAUGUGCUUGAUGGAAGUUGGGUUCUUGACAAUAGUUAUCCAUUGUACAAUGCGACCGAGUGUCCCUUUGCGGAACGAGGAUUUGAUUGCUUAGGCAAUGGGCGGAGAGAUACGGGUUAUCUCAAAUGGAGGUGGAAGCCUAAGAACUGUAAUAUGCCGGCAUUUGAUGCGCAAGGCGUGUUGGAGGGGCUUAGAGGGAAAAGAGUUGUUUUUGUAGGUGAUUCUAUGAGUAGAACACAAUGGGAGUCCCUUAUAUGCUUGCUUAUGAGUGGUGUACAAGAUAAGAAGAGUGUUUAUGAAGUUAAUGGGAAUCAAAUUACCAAACAGAUUAGAUAUUUGGGUGUUCGGUUUGCUUCCUUCAAUUUUACUAUCGAGUUCUUUCGCUCAGUUUUCUUGGUGCAACAAGGUUUGGUGCCAAGACACUCGCCGAAAAGGGUGAAGUCGAUGCUGAAUUUGGACAAGUUGGAUGAUAUUAGUAAGGAAUGGAUUGAUUCAGAUGUUCUUAUAUUCAAUACAGGACAGUGGUGGGUUCCAGGGAAACUUUUUAGUACUGGCUGUUAUUUCCAGAUUGGCAACUCGCUAAAGCUUGGAAUGUCGAUUCCUACUGCCUUCAGAACGGCACUAGAUACUUGGGCGUCAUGGGCUGAGGAAAAUAUUGAUACAAAUCGAACACGUGUUUUCUUUCGUACUUUUGAACCAUCUCACUGGAGUAAUUUAACCCGAAGGGUUUGCAACGUGACGCAACAACCCACGUUUGAAACCAAAGGCAGAGAAUACAGCGUAUUUUCAGACGCUGUGUUCGAAGUUGCAAAGAAUAUGACAAUUCCUGUAACCGUGCUGCAUAUAACUUCCAUGUCAGCGUUUCGAAGUGAUGCGCAUGUGGGUAGGUGGAGUGACAAUCCAUCUAUUCCUGAUUGUAGCCAUUGGUGCCUACCUGGAGUGCCCGAUGUUUGGAACGAAAUUCUCCUUUCUUUCUUGUUUGCUGGCGAUGAGCUUCAUAUUCAAUGAAUAAGUGAGCAAAGCAGGGGAAAAAUGCAUUUCUCCUGUUCCGAUGCAAGUUAGCUGUCUUAGAUUGAAUGGCAAUAGGAUAAGUCGACGCCAAUCUAUAAGACAGGUUUCUGCUGCCUCAUUCGCGCUUUGUUCCCGCUGUAGAAGUUGGCCUGUCAGCUCCUGUUGUAAUGACACUCUGGAUCAUCUGAAUUCAGGGAAAUUCUAAUAGAAGUUUUGUAAUGCAAUGCAGAGUUGCGUGUAUGCAAUGCAACAGUUUUGUAAUAGAAGCUUAUUAUUUCAUUCUUUUUUGUGAUUCUUUUGUAUCUGAGACGGGACUAAGUUUGUGGUCUGUAAGUUGUGACAAUUUUUUUUCCUC